AUGAUGAGCUUGAUGCACACGCAGGUGCCGUGGUGGGCUGCCAUCCCGGCCUCGGCAUUCCUGCUGCGCGCCACGCUCGUCCUGAGCGUCGGCACCUGGGCCCGCGCGCUGCUGGCCCGCUACAUGGGGCUGCAGCCGCUGCGCCAGGCCCUCGCCUGGCAGCGGCGUGACGAGGUGUUCAGCGAGAUGCACGCCCAGCGCAGCGUGCGCACGCCCAAGGAAGCGACGCAGCGCGCUGCCGCCGAGGUCAAGAAGGCUGUCGCCGAGCUGGACGGCCGCUGGAACGUCACGGUGCGGGGACAGCUGGGGUGGAGCUUGAUCCAGAUCCCCAUCUUCUUCACCAUGGCCGAGGUCAUCAGGAAGAUGACGGGCGCGCGCGAUGGGCUGCUCGCGCUGACGGUCUCCGCAUUCACCCAGGUCGACGCAACACCCGACGCCCUCGCCCUGGCCACAAGCCCCUUCUUCGAGCCCACCCUCGCCACCGAAGGCAUCCUCUGGUUCCCCAACCUGAUCCUGCCGGACCCCUUCCUGCCCUUCAUCGUCUCCGCCCUGAUGUUCUCCAACAUCUACUUCUCCCGCAACGCCGCCGCCGCCACCGGCAAGAACUGGCCCACCGCCCUGCGCCGCCUGCUGCUGGGCGUGUCGCUGCUCAUCGGCCCGCUGUGCCAGAACCUGCCCUCGGGGCUGAUGCUGUACUGGGCCGGCAGUACGUCGUCGGUCAUGCUGUGGAAUAAGUGGCUGGACUGGAAGUACCCCGCGCCUACGGAUUUCACUGCUUGCAGUAGGCCGCUCCAGAUGCCGCCGGCGCUGAAGACGAAGCCGGCGGCUAGGCGGUUUUGA